AGCGGCGGGGAAGGGAGCCACAGAGCGCUCCCGCUUCAGCGACGCGGAGCCGAGAUGCCGCGCCAAUUCCCCAAGCUGAACAUCUCCGAGGUGGACGAGCAAGUCCGGCUCCUGGCUGAGAAGGUGUUUGCUAAAGUGCUCCGAGAAGAGGACAGCAAAGAUGCCCUGUCCCUCUUCACCGUGCCCGAGGACUGCCCCAUCGGCCAGAAGGAGGCCAAAGAGAGGGAGCUGCAGAAGGAACUGGCGGAGCAGGAGUCUUUGGAGACCGUGAAAAGAAAGAAAAGUUUCAAGAUGAUUCGGUCCCAGUCCCUGUCUCUGCAAAUGCCAACGCAGCAAGAUUGGAAGGGCCCCCCGACAACCACUCCAGCCAUGUCUCCCACAACCCCUGUGGUCUCUGGAGCCACUUCCCAGUCUGUGCCUGGUCCCUAUGCCAUGCCCGAGUACCAGCGGGUAACCAUCAGCGGAGAUUACUGUGCCGGGAUCACCGUGGAAGACUAUGAGCAGGCCGCCAAGAGCCUGGCCAAGGCCCUGAUGAUCCGGGAGAAGUAUGCCCGCCUUGCCUAUCACCGCUUCCCUCGGACCACGGCCCAGUACCUGGGUCGUCCCCUGGCGGACACAGCCCCUCCGGCAGAGGGCCUCCCAGACUUCCACCCUCUUCCACUGCCCCAGGAAGACCCUUACUGUGUAGAUGACGCUCCCCCCAACCUGGGCUACCUGGUUCGAAUGCAGGGGGGCAUCCUCUUCGUGUACGAUAACAAGAAGAUGCUGGAGCGCCAGGAGCCCCACAGCCUGCCCUACCCCGACCUGGAGACUUACACAGUGGACAUGAGCCACAUCCUGGCCCUGAUCACUGACGGCCCCACAAAAACAUAUUGUCACCGGCGAUUGAACUUUCUGGAAUCCAAAUUCAGCCUUCACGAGAUGUUAAAUGAAAUGUCUGAGUUCAAAGAGUUGAAGAGUAACCCCCACCGAGACUUCUACAAUGUGAGAAAGGUGGACACGCACAUCCACGCGGCUGCCUGCAUGAAUCAGAAGCACUUGCUGCGCUUCAUCAAGCACACGUACCAGACGGAGCCCGACAGAAUCGUGGCCGAGAAGCAGGGCCAGAAGAUCACCCUGCGGCAGGUGUUCGACAGCCUGCACAUGGACCCUUACGACCUGACUGUGGAUUCGCUGGACGUCCACGCGGGCCGGCAGACAUUCCACCGAUUUGACAAGUUCAACUCUAAAUACAAUCCUGUGGGGGCCAGUGAGCUGCGUGACCUGUAUUUGAAAACUGAGAACUACCUGGGAGGAGAGUACUUUGCUCGGAUGGUCAAGGAGGUGGCCCGGGAGCUGGAGGAGAGCAAGUACCAGUACUCAGAGCCGCGGCUCUCCAUCUACGGCCGCAGUCCCGAUGAGUGGCUCAGCCUGGCCCACUGGUUCAUCCAGCACAAGGUCUACUCUCCUAACAUGCGCUGGAUCAUCCAGGUGCCUCGAAUCUAUGACAUAUUUAGGUCAAAGAGGCUGCUGCCAAGCUUUGGGAAGAUGCUGGAGAACAUCUUCCUGCCCCUUUUCGAGGCGACAAUCAACCCCCAAGAUCACCGAGAGCUUCAUCUCUUCCUCAAAUAUGUGACAGGGUUCGACAGUGUUGACGAUGAAUCCAAGCACAGCGACCACAUGUUCUCGGACAAGAGUCCCAACCCGGACAUCUGGACCAGUGAGCAGAACCCGCCCUACAGCUACUACCUGUAUUACAUGUAUGCCAACAUCAUGGUGCUCAACAACCUCCGCAGGGAACGAGGUCUGAGCACAUUCCUGUUCCGGCCUCACUGUGGUGAGGCUGGGUCCAUCACCCACCUGGUGUCUGCUUUCCUGACCGCCGACAACAUUUCCCAUGGGCUGCUCCUCAAGAAGAGUCCGGUGUUGCAGUAUCUCUAUUACCUGGCUCAGAUCCCCAUUGCGAUGUCUCCUCUUAGCAACAAUAGUCUGUUCCUCGAAUAUUCCAAGAACCCUCUGAGGGAAUUCCUGCACAAGGGACUGCAUGUUUCCCUCUCCACUGAUGACCCCAUGCAGUUCCACUACACGAAGGAAGCACUGAUGGAAGAAUAUGCAAUUGCAGCUCAGGUGUGGAAGCUGAGCACGUGUGACCUGUGUGAAAUCGCCAGGAACAGUGUGCUGCAGAGUGGCCUCUCGCAUCAGGAAAAGCAAAAGUUUCUGGGACAAAAUUAUUAUAAAGAAGGACCUGAAGGAAAUGAUAUUCGGAAGACAAAUGUUGCUCAGAUCCGGAUGGCGUUCCGAUACGAGACCUUAUGCAACGAGCUCAGCUUCCUGUCUGAUGCCAUGAAAUCAGAACAGAUCACAGCCCUGACCAAGUAGGUCUAGCACUGGACAUGGAUUUUAACUUUCUGGUUUAAUUUCAAGUUGCUGUGGUUAACAGUGCUCAAGAUACCACACUAGGACUUUCUUCCAGGGAGAAGAGGUCUCUGAAGAACUUUCAGACCUAGUGAUUUUGGUCACACUGUUUACUUUAAGAUCUAACGUGCCCACUUGCUAGUAUUUCUGAGUAAUAGAUGGUGGCUGCUCCUUGGGGACCUGGGAGCUGGACACUUGUCUGUGCUCAUUCCUGAUUUUCCAAAUAUUUCUCUUGAAACCGCUAGUGCUUGCAUUGUUGGGGCCAGGGUCUUCCAUGGUCCAAGUGCCUGUCGACACGGGGUCCCUGUGCUUUCCUGCCACAGCCCGCUAUCGGCCCUGCAGACUAGUUGGUAGUUGUUCAUUUCAGCCUCUGGCUGGCUAGCUGCCUUAAACAAAAUCCAUUUCAAAGCUCCCUUUCAUAAAGGAGCUACUUUGAGAGAAUUAAAAUAGACAACUUCCUUCCUUGUGUUUUUAAUGAAUUUCUUAAACUGUUUUAUUUAGCCCUCCACCCUCCUUUCUACUUAGGAAGCCAAAUGUGCACCUUGAAACGGUCACUCCUAUCUUGGUUUCUUCAUCUGAAAAGUGCGGGUUUGGACUAGCUGAGAGGUUUUCAAAUGAGGUCUUGAACCCCUCUCCCAACUUCAGGGUGGGAGGGCAGGGGGAGUGAGGUUCUGGGUGCUGCCUUAGCUUCUUCAUUGGGACUUACAAAUUUUCACUUGAACUAAGGACUUUGAAAGGCACUGGAAUAGAUGAUCUCUGUUCCUUUUCUGUAAUACUCUAUGACUGUAGCCCAAUUAUCAUUUUACUUAUGAAGAAUUAGGGCCAGAGAAGUGAGAUUUACCUUAAGGUCAUACAGCUAAUAAGUAAAGGUAGGUUUCCCUCCUCCUAAUCCAGUCCUUUCUCCGCUAUUCCAUGAGGCCUCACAAAUGUUCUAUCAUUGUAACCAGGUGCACUUCUUUUUAAAGGCAAAAUUUCUCCCUUAUCUAAUACACAGACCUUUUCAGAAGAUUUAUAAGUGGUCCCAGGGGCCAGGUGGAAAAUAUUUUUUAAGACCGGUCUGAAUUUAAGCUUUACCAAUGUACUCAUCUGUGUUACUAGUGCCUGGUACAUAGUAGGUGCUCAAUAAGUGUAUGUUGAAUAAAUGAAUUUCUCUUUUGGAAACUUUUUAAGGAUGUGUGCUCC